AUGAAUACCGAAGACGAGGACAUUGUGAACGCCGAGCGCGAUGCGGAUCCGCAACAAUUCCACGACUACGACCCAAACAACACAUUCGAGAAGGAAUAUGGACCGCUAGAGGCUCGCCGACAGAGCCGGGCAGAAGCUCUGAGAACGAACACGCAGAAUGCAGGAACAGAACAAGCAGAACGCGCCGAAUCGGUGUCGUCCUCAUCAAGCUCGUCAAUACGCACUGGAGCCGUCAACGCAAGUCACCGACCGUCUGUGGCUACAAGGGCAUCGACAAGAUUUGAGGAUGAGUUUAUGCAUUACCUCGACCGGCAUCCCACGGCAGUGAAGCGAAUGCAGGAUCACCGUCUUCAGCACUCGCAAACAGUCGGUAGCACGAAAGUUACGACCAGUGAUGGCACACCUUUACCAUCUUUCGGCGGAAACAAGCCGUACCCACCGCCCCUCCCCGACAGAGAAGAGUACGUGGUCGAAUUCGAUGGACACGAGGACCUGCGGCACGCUCAGAAUUGGCCUCUUAAGAAGAAGUUGAUCAUUUCUGCCAUUCUCAUUUUCGACUCUCUGGCAGCCACUUUCGCAUCCAGUAUCUUGUCUGCUGCAAACUCAUAUAUCGAGCGACACUUCCACAAAGGUGCAGAAGUUGUGACGUUGGCGACAUCGCUUUUCGUUCUUGGCUAUGCGUUCGGCCCCAUCAUCUUUGCCCCCAUGAGUGAGCUUUACGGUCGACGAUUGCCAAUCAUCAUUGCCGCUUUCGGAUUUGGUGUCUUCAACAUCGGAGUGGCUGUAGCGAAGGACUACCAAACCCUCAUAAUAUGCCGAUUCUUCGCAGGCUUCUUCGGCUCCGCUCCACUCACGCUCGUAGCUGCUGUCUUCGCUGACAUGUACAAUAACCAAUACCGUGGUCUGGCUGUGGCUCUGUUCGCUGGCAUGAUCAUCAUGGGACCGCUUAUGGCUCCCUUCAUUGGAGGCUUCAUUGCCAAGUCGUACCUAGGCUGGCGAUGGUGUGCCUACAUCCCUGCAUUCAUGGGUUUCGCAGCUGCAGUGGCCGCACUACUCUUCCAGGAGGAGACAUACGGCCCCGUCAUCCUGGUCUCGAAAGCCGCGGAGCUUCGAAGGGCCACCAGGAACUGGGGAAUCCACGCCAAGCAGGAAGAAGUAGAAGUCGACUUCAAGGAGCUGGCGACCAAGAACUUGAUGCGUCCUCUGAGGAUCUUGUUCACCGAGCCUAUCGUUCUCCUGGUCACGUUAUACAUGAGUCUGCUCUACGGAAUCCUGUAUCUGAAUUUGACGGCAUACGGUAUCGUCUUCCAACGCAUCUACGGCAUGCCUCUGGGAGUGUCUGGCUUGCCUUACUUCGGAAUGAUUGUUGGAGUCGCCAUCGCUAUUGUCGUUGUUUGCAUCGACGUGCCGAAAUAUGCGAGGAAGCUGGCUGCCAACAACAACAUCCCCGUUCCAGAGUGGAGAAUGCCCAUUAUGAUGUUCGGCGGCAUUGUCUUCACGAUCGGCCUCUUCUGGUUCGGCUGGACAGGCUUCACAAACAGCAUCCCCUGGAUCGUUCCCACGCUCGCCGGUCUCUGCUUGGGAUUCGGCAUUUACACCGUCUUCUUAUCUUGCCUCAACUACAUCAUCGAUGCCUACUUGAUGUUCGCCGCCUCAGCCGUGGCCGCAAACACCUUCAUGAGAUCCAUCUUCGGCGCCGUCUUUCCCCUCUUUGCAACCUACAUGUUUGAUGGCAUCGGCAUCAACUGGGGCAUGACGUUCCUCGGGUGCUUAUCUGCGCUCUUCAUCCCCAUGCCCUUCCUCUUCUACUACAAGGGCAAAUCCAUCCGAGCCAAGUCGAAGUUUGCACCCGCCCCUGAUAUCAUGCAGGACAAGCGCCGGGAUGAGGAGAGUCGAGGGGUUAGUGAUGAAAGCAACAACAGUGGGAAUGGCGAGAGCAAGGAGACGAAAGAGGAAUGA